GCCCUAAUUAUUCCAAUUCAAUUAUCACCUCCAUGAGAAUUGAGUGAAGAUGGAAGCGAGAACCACUGCUUCCGCCUCCCAUUUGCUCCUCUAUUCCACUAAUAAAUUCAGAAAACAACCCAACCCAUUCACACCAAAAGCUUCAUCAUCUUCAGAAAAGAAGGAAAAGCUCGAAAUUAGAGUGUGCACAAACAGGACUUGCAGAAAGCAGGGCUCUUUGGAUGCUCUGCAAGUUCUCUCCGGCAUUGCGCCGCCGUUUGUAACGGUGAACUCAUGCGGGUGCCUCGGGCGGUGCGGCGCCGGCCCCAAUAUCGUGAUCCUUCCAGGGGGUGUGUUCGUGGGGCAUUGUGGGACCCCCAGCAAGGCCGCAAAUGUCAUGGCAAUUGUCUGCGGUGCUGACAAUGGCGAUGCUGAGAGCAAGUGUUUGGAGGCGCUGGCGUUGAGGAAGAGAGCUGAUGAUGAGAUGGCCCAGGCUGAUUUUGCGCAGGCUUUUGCUUUGCUGUCGCAGGCUAUAGAGCUCAGACCAUUUGGGGGUUUGCAUAUAAUGUACAAGGAAAGGUCAGCUGCAAGGUUGGCGAUGGGAGACAUAGGUGGAGCGUUUGAGGACGUUAAAGAGGCUUUGAUUAUCGCACCUUGUUAUCCUCAGGCAUAUCUUUGCGAAGGUGAUGUUUAUAUGGCUAUGGAUCGAUUUGACAAAGCUGAGGAGUCCUAUUCAAUUGCUUUAGAUUUAGACCCAUCCAUUCGUCGUUCAAAGUCAUUCAAGGCAAGAAUAGCAAAGCUUCAAGAUAAAUUAUCUCCUGCAAUUUUGGGAUGAAGCUUCUUUCAGAUGGAAUUGUGUAUUCAAACUAGCAUAACUAGAUCUUGCAUUGUUGUAUAAAACUCUAGAAGUUGCAAACUAUGGAAAUCAAUAAAGAAGUCACUUCAUUUCUUGCA